GAGGACUGCCGGCUGGCCGGACGUCUCGCCUGUCGCUUGAGGAGAGGUCCUGGCUCUCCGGGAAAGCGGCUGUAGCGGCAAAAUGAAGAUAUUCGUGGGAAACGUCGAUGGGGCGGAUACGACACCGGAGGAGCUGGCAGCUCUCUUCGCGCCCUACGGCACAGUCAUGAGCUGCGCCGUCAUGAAACAGUUCGCGUUCGUGCACAUGCGCGAGAACGCGGGCGCGCUGCGCGCCAUCGAGGCCCUGCACGGCCACGAGCUGCGGCCUGGGCGCGCGCUCGUGGUGGAGAUGUCGCGCCCACGGCCUCUUAACACUUGGAAGAUUUUCGUGGGCAAUGUGUCGGCUGCGUGCACGAGCCAGGAAUUGCGUAGCCUUUUCGAGCGCCGCGGACGCGUCAUCGAGUGUGACGUGGUAAAAGGUUAUGCAAGUCCACGACUAUCCGGAAUCGGGCUUUCCUGCUGGGUGCUCUGAGGCAGGCUGUAGAGUGCAUGGAUUUUUGCUUUUGUUUAAAGUAAAAGAGUGGGAAGGGCCUCAGAUUGGGCACCUGGCCAGGAAAUGGAUGGGUGUGUGUGUGUGUGUGUGUGUGUGUGUGUCUCAUGAGAAUUCUGUUUAAUCGACCUACCAUUUGUGUGUGUGUGUGUGUGUAUGUGUUUCUUAGGCAGGGUGGCUACUAGAUUGGAGUCUAGACACUAGCAUCUUUAGGGACAAUUCAUGGAACUCAUUGGUCAAGAAGUUUGCUUUCAGGUGGCAGAGAAGAAAGCAGAAAAUCUGAAUUUGCUUGGGACAGACACUAAGUGGCAGUGGAGGGCAGGGUGAAGUGUCUAACUGCAUGCGUUUUUUAGAACUCUUGGCUUUAGAAUGAAAGUUUUGUGCGGUUUGUCCCUUUGUAGACAUUUGAUUAGCAGAAAUGCCUUAAUUUUCUCAGAGAGAGGUGGUCAGCUGUUAUUUGUAGUUAUACUGAUAUGUAACAGAGCUUCUGAUAUACUUUGAUGUAAGGGACUGUGGGAGAGAUUUGAGCAUCAUAUCUUUUACUGAUGCCUUUCUGUGUCUUUGGGAUGAAGGAAGGUGAGGUUUUUAAGUUGGGAAUGUAAUAGAAGAAACUAGCUCUGGCUCUAUAAGUAGCUUAGUUAUUUCUUGGACUGGGAAUGGGAAUUUUAUCGAAUCUUGUGUUGGCUGUCAGACCUUGGAAAAACACAGAAGCUUGACAUAGCACAGGACAACCAGUUCUGUUUUAUUUUACAGGGUAAAAAACAUAGUUGCUUGGUUACCCUAGGAGCUUAGAUAUGAUUUGAUUUGUAGAGUAAAUAUCUUCAUAGCAACAGUGGAUUAUAACCACUCUUCAUAGCAACUUUCUAUUGGGUGUUCAAAGAUGAAGUAAGAGUCCCUGACAGCUAGGAACCAUUUAGACUUUCAGGAGAGGUCUGAAAGGCAGAAUAGGAAACUUGUUUCCUCUCCUUUUUUUUUUUUUUGUGGGUGGCCAUUCUUUUCUCCUAUAUACAGUUCUGUAGUUUCAGGUUAGAGAUUUUUACUCUUCUCAGAAUAAGAAAACUCAUUUUUCUGUAUUCUCUUAACUUGGUACUGGAGGAAUUGUAAUGCCACCAGACAUAUAGGAGAUCUCUGUAAAAUACUGCUUGCUAGUCCCUUUAAAUGCAGUGGAUUUCCUUGAGGCCACUGUUUCUUGAACUAGCUCUCCAAGUAGAUGGGUCUCUGGAGUUUUCUAGGUCUCUGUUUUUUCUUUAUUGUUUGAGUAGUUGGGUUCCCAGAAUCUUUGAUAGGGUUAGGCCUGUGCUUGGUUGUUCACUGACAGGAUUAGUUUGCCUGAUAUGAUUGAGUCAGCUGGAUACCCUAUUCCCUCCAAUAUCGGGCUUAGGAAACUUCUGAUAUAAACUGGUUAUAAUUGUACCUGAUGACUUUUUAAAAAUCAGUUGUAUAGUUCAGGUGGGUGGUCAAUUGAAUUGUAUAUGUGAAAUCUCAAUUUUCAAAUUUCAUAACUUGGUCUCUUAAGAAAAUCUAGCUAAGUAGGGAGUGGACAAUGGAAUAUUCUUUUGCUCUUGUAAACCCAUUAAAAUUUUUUUGUUGAGGUUUUUUUCCUAGCUCAUUUUAGUCUCAGGUUAGCUGGGAAUAUAGAGUGGGUCUUUACUAUUCCCUCACUGUGCAUGGAGGUUUUUUUCCUGUUCCCCUUAAUCUCCUGCUUUCUGCUUGCCAUUGCAUUCUCCAGUUGGUUUUGCUAUUCUGAGGGUCAGCUCACCCUCUGCUUUUAAAGAGAUCUCCAACCAUCAGCAUCUAUUUUUAGCCCACUCUACCCAAAGUGGAGGUGAGAGAUCAGAGGACAGUUUUAAUGGUGUCCUGUGGCUAGACCAAAAGGAAUACUUAAAAAAAAAAUCUCACCUGAGGAUGUUUUUAUUGAGUUUAGAAGGAGGGAGGGAGAGAGAGAGACAUCUAUGUGAGAGAGAAACAUAGAUUGGUUGUAAUUUGCAUGAGCCCCAACUGGGGAUUGAACUGGCAACCUAGGUAUUUGCCCUCACUGUGAAUAGAACCCGCAGCCAUUUGAUGUAUGGGAUGAUGCUCCAGUCAACUGAGCCACCCUGUCAGGGCUGGAAAGGAACACUUUUGCUUUUCAUAAUUGGUAGAAAGGAAUCAGGUUCUGGCCAUGGAGAUGUGAGGACUGACAGUUGUAAUCGUUCAGUUUGUUCUUUUAUCAUUUCUGGCCGGUUUCAAGUUUGCAUGCACAGAUGGCAUUGUAUCUCUCGUGUUUUAUUAGAGAUGAAAGAUAAUACUCUGUAGAGAAAUAAGCCUAUUUCUCUGUUCCUGGGCUUGAAUAAUCAUAAUUCUGUAUCAUAGAGUUAUCUUAACAAGGCACUUUUUCCUUCUCAUUUGAAUUUCCUAACACUGAGGUAGGUAGGACAGAUUUAUCAGGGAGAGAAAUAAAUUAUAAGUUCCUUAAGAGCUUAUAGCAAAUCAGUGAUAU